CUGAGGAUGUGGCUGUUGGUGGCCGUGGCUUUUCUUUGCCAGUGUGUGAUUGGUCAGCUGCUGGAGGCCAAGGUAAGAGGAGCUCCACCUCGUCUGAUCUGCAGUGUUCCGGGGUUGCCGGGGAGACCAGGUAAACCUGGCCCAAACGGGCCUCCAGGGACAAACGGGAAUAUGGGAAUCCCAGGAAGAGACGGAAGAGAUGGCAGGAAGGGAGAGAAAGGAGAGAAGGGUGAAGCAGGUACAGUGCUGACCUUCUAUAACUCCAUAAAACAUAUCCACACAGUUCAUAUAUUGACUCAUACUGUAUAUUUAUUUAUUUUCAACUUUAGCUCCAUGAACAUGCAAUACAAUAUGGCAGUAUCACUACAACAUUAAAAUGAUUGCAUCAAAACACACGUUUACACUACCAAAAAUACAUUUCAGUCCUUUUUCAUUAUCGUAACCCAGGCAUUUCACAAUCUGAAUCUGCUCUGCAGAUGGUUUUGCUCUCAGGACAUACAGCUGCAGUGAUUGGUGUAGAAGACAAAUGGGACCCUCCAGUGAUCUCUGAAAUGGUGUUUAUCAAUCAUGGUCAAACUACAUUAGCUAUAUCUUACACAGCCAUGUUUCACCAGGGAGACCAUGAUCCAGACAGAUAAAGUUAUGUGAUGUGUGGUUUAAAUCCAAGGUUUCUAUGUGUCUGAGCUUCCCAGGCAGUUUGCCUUAUUUGGGGUGUGUUUAUACUUUCCCCACUGUUUGGACGCCUGGUUCUCCUGCCUUUGGAGUGAUCCAGGCUAAUACUUUAUAUGGGUCAACGCUACCAUAGAAGCUGAAACAAAGGUAAAUCACUGCCUCUGUUAGUGUCGUCCAAGUGCUUCAUGGCUUUAAGCCCCCCCCCCCCAAAAUGAGACAUGAGCUCCCCUAAAUGCAACAAAAGUCAAACUUGAUGGGGUCUCUAAUUUAACCAUUCUCCUAUUUAUUUAAAAUCAAAUUUUGGACUGCUACAGUGGUAAACAUAAAAAUAAAAGCUUAUUCCAAAUUGAACGAACACCCCCGCCUCCCUGUCAUGGUUUAAACCAGUGACAGUUGGUUCAGGUUCUUUCAAUCGCAUUCAACUCUCUACUCCCUUCUGUUUCUCUCUCCAUCUGUCUUGAGAUUUCUAGCAAACUUGCAACAUUGUAUUGACUAGGUCCAGCCCUCUAGCAAAUUGCAACAUUAUCAACUCCCAGCUAGCACAUGACAUUCUGAGAACCAUAUGUUUCUUAGAGCUUGGUGAGAGCAUGGUUGUCCUAUGGAUAUUUUGCAUACAAUCUUUCCACAACUUUCUGGGAAUGGUGCAGUAUAGUUGCUUAGCUCUGGUACAUUCUCAUUACAUUUAAGGAACUUGACAAAAACUUUAUUUUCUUAGCAUUUCAUUCCUUUAACAGAACAUUUCUUAAAAGUUCAAACGGUUACAUUUAACGUUCUCCAACUGGUUUGACAUUGGGAAUGUUCUCAAAUAUUUCAGAGAACGUUAAGAAACAACGUUGUUCUGUAGGAAUUUCAGUACUUCAGCACAACAUUUCCUAUAGGUUUCCUCAUGGUUCUAUUUAAAGUAAUGUUCUCACAUUGUUCCGAGAACGUUAAGAAACAACAUUCUUCUGUGGGAAUUUCAGUAGUUCAGCAUAAGGUUUCCUACAGGUUUCCUCAUAGUUGUAUGUAAAGUAAUGUUCUCAAAUUGUUCAGAGAACGUUAAGAAAACUUUCCACAAAAAGCACAAGAAAACUUUAGUAUCAUUCGGAGAACUUUCUAAGAAUGUUAUUUAAAAACAUAUACAUUCCAUUCUCAGCAUCAACAAAACUCUCUCUAUCCUCUGUCUUCUUAAGUGUGUUCAGGCCGCGCCCACUAAUUGGCCACACCUGAUCGUAAUGAGUCCUUUUUCCUUUGAAAUGGGGUCUGUUUGAAUAGACUAAAAUGAACAGCUUUGUAUGAGUUAAAAAACAUGGCAUGCUAUCUUGGUGGCACAGUGGACUUUGAUAGAGACAGAAGAUCAUAGGUUUGAAUCUCACUGACUCUGUGCCACAAUAAAAAAAAAUGUGUUUGCAUGAUUAAUGCCUAAGCAAAUGAAAUUCAAUGUUUCCUAUCUGUGCUUGGAGUUCAAAACAGUUAACCCAAACUAAGUUAGCAGUGUUAUUGAAACAUGUUCUUAGAAUGUUAUUUAAUUACAAAUCAAAUAACCUUGAAUUUCCGUUUCAGAAGAUUAAUAAAACCUCCCAGGAAAACCUUUUUUUUUUCCCUUUAUUUUAUAUUAUAUAUAUAUAUAUAUAUAUAUAUAUAUAUAUAUUUUUUUUUUUAUUUUUUUUUUUUUUCAGGGAACCAUAGUAAAACGUUCUCAGAACCUCCCUGCAACCUAAAAAUGAACGUUCCCAGAACAGGCAAAAUGUUCACUUCAGUUCUCAGAAUGUUUACAAAACGUUUAAUUUUACCAGUCAAGAAACGUAUGGCUUCGUACCCAGAACCAUUGGGAAACCAAAAGCGUACGUUCCUACAAUUUCCAAGGAACCAAAUGUGCUAGCUGGGCUAGGUCCAGCUCCCUAGCGAACCUACAACAUUGUUUCAACCUGGCCCUCACAGUUUUCCACGCCAAUUUCUUUAUACAAAAAAGGUCCAUUGUCAGCAAGAAUCAUCAAUUAAUUCAGGCUACAAGAGUUUAGGCCUAAUGACAAUCGCCGAAUGUCAUUACACUUUUUGCUGAUAGCCGACUUUGCUGAUCGCUACUGUACUUUAUUGAGGAAAAGUGUACUUACUAUGCCUGUGAUAUGUGGUUGUCCCACCUAGCUAUCUUAAGAUUAAUACAAAUACUGUAAGUCGCUCUGGAUAAGAGCAUCAGCUAAAUUACUAAAAUGUAAAAUGUAACAGAUGUUUCUUUCCCUUCAUCAAAUGGCAGGUGCACAGGGCACUGUUUGAAUGCACAAGUAGCCUACUUUUUGAAAUGAUUUGAAAAUCAGAUGAAAACAUCAUGACUGGUUGUGUUUAUGCCAUAUUAAAAGGUCAAACAUGUUUACUGUUAAAAUACAUGUCUUUACUAUUAGGCCCAUAAAAAAUAAAGCACGUGCACAAACAGGAAGUCCCUUGAAAAAAAUAGAGAUCCCCGAAUGUCACGGUAUAAUUCGUAUUCUGGCUUUAAGACAAAUCCUGCAUUAGUAUCAGAUGCAAAACAUACUGUAUCAAUGACCCGUAAAUGUCAGGCUCACAGUACCUGCGUUCUGCAUGAUGUUCUUCUACAGAUUUACAGAUUAAAAGGAACCUAGGCACGCAAAUACCGCACAGACUCUUUCUCACACACACACAUCAGAAUUGCACUCAUUUUUGAAGACAUUCAGUACAUGCACACACAUGCAUCCUGUCCAUUCUUUCCUAGCUCCAAGAAAAUUAUUGUGUGAUGGUUUGGUUUGAUACAAUCACAGAUCUCACCACACUGUACAACAGUCAGUGCAGCACUGUCAAACAAACUGUAGAUUGUGGCUGGACUCCGAGGGUGACAUAAUAACCAAGGAUGGAUGUGAGGCACUGAGCUUAUUCACUAAUCCUUAAAGCAUGCAUGAGAGCAUCUGCUGGUCCUGACGACUGUGUGAUCACGUGCACCGUAGCCGAUGUGAGUAAGAGCUUUAGACAGCUCAACAUUCACAAGGUUGCAGGGCCAGACGGAUUACCUGUCACCCCUGCUCCUGCGCCUGCUCCCCCUCCCUGGCGCUCGAGGGCGCCAGGCUGCCCAUCAUUACGCACACCUGUCACCAUCGUUACGCGCAUCUACGCUUCAUUGGACUCACCUGGACUUCAUCACUGUUUAAUUACCUCCCCUAUAUCUGUAUGUUCCUCAGUUGUGAUCCCUGUGUCAGCAUUUAUGUUGUUUCGUUUCCAUUGUCCAGACGCUGUCGGUGUUUUGUUCCUGUCUGUUUUAUCAUUAAAUGUUCUCCCUGUACUACGUCUGUCUUUACAGAAUGCUGACAACCAAUAUUUGAGGCAUCAGUUUUUUUUUUGUGUGUGUUGGUUGGUGACGUCGGGUCCGGGUGCCACGGCCGAGGGAACUGUUGAUGCCUCAGCUGGCACAUCAUGCUUCCAUCGCUUUGCUGGCUCAAGAGGUUUCUUGCCUCGGUUGGCUCGGCAGGCUCCCACCCCACGCCUCAGCCGGCUCGUCAGGCUCCCACGCCUCAGCCGGCUCGUCAGGCUCCUCCGCCUCAGCUGGCUCAUCAGGCUUACACGCCUCAGCUGGCUCGUCAGGCUUCCACGCCUCAGCCGGCUUGUCAAGCUUCCACGCCUCAGCCGGCUCGUCAGGCUUCCACGCCUCAGCCGGCUCGUCAGGCUUCCAUGCCUCAGCUGGCUCGUCAGGCUUCCACGUCUCAGCUUGCUCGUCAGGAUCCCACGGCUCGGCCGGGCAUCUCAGACUCAACAGGUUCCCGCUCCUCUGCCGGCUCUUGAGGCUCCCAUGCAUCGGCCGGCCCGGCAGGCUCGACAGGUUCCCGCGCCUCGGCCGGCUCGUCCAGCUCCCAUGCCUCGCCAGCCCGUACUGUCACGCCUGCUCCCGCUCGCCCUCUCUGGUGCUCGAGGGCACCAGGCUGCCCAUCAUUACGCACACUUGUCACCACCAAGUCAUUGGACUUCAUCGCUGUUUAAUUACCUCCCCUAUAUCUGUAUGUUCUUCAGUUGUGAUCCCUGUGUCAGCAUUUAUGUUGUUUCGUUUCCGUUGUCCAGACGCUGUUGGUGUUUGUUCCUGUCUGUUUUAUCAUUAAAUGUUCACUCCCUGUACUUGCUUCUCGUCUCCCAGCGUCUGUCCUGACAUUACCAGGACGUGAACUCCAAGCGUGCGCUGACCAACUGGCAAGUGUCUUCACUGACAUUUUCAACCUGUCCCUGACUACCAUAGUAGGCAGACCACCAUAGUUCCUGUGCCCAAGAACACUAAGGUAACCUGCCUAAAUGACUACCGACCCAUAGCACUCACGUCUGUAGCCAUGAAGUGCUUGGAAAGGCUGGUCAUGGCUCACAUCAACACCAUUAUCCCAGAAACCCUAGACCCACUCCAAUUUGCAUACCGCCCCAACAGAUCCACAGAUGAUGCAAUCUCUAUUGCACUCCACACUGCCCUUUCCCACCUGGACAAAAGGAACACCUAUGUGAGAAUGCUAUUCAUUGACUACAGCUCAGCGUUCAACACCAUAGUGCCCUCAAAGCUCAUCACUAAGCUAAGGACCCUGGGACUAAACACCUCUCUCUGCAACUGGAUCUUGGACUUCCUGGCGGGCCGCCCCCAGGUGGUAAGGAUAGAUAACAUCACAUCUGCCACGCUGAUCCUCAACACGGGGGCCCCUCAGGGGUGCGUGCUCAGUCCGCUCCUGUACUCCCUGCAGGCCGUACUCCAACACCAUCAUUAAGUUUGCUGACGAAGCAACAAUGGUAGGCCUGAUCACCAACAACGAUGAGACAGCCUAUAGGGAGGAGGUCAGAGACCUGGCCGUGUGGUGCCAGGAUAACAACCUCUCCCUCAACGUGAUCAAGACAAAGGAGAUGAUUGUGGACUACAGGAAAAAGAAGAGGACCGAGCACGCACCCAUUCUCAUCGACGGGGCUGUAGUGGAGCAGGUUGAGAGCUUCAAGUUCCUUGGUGUCCACAUCACCAAUAAACUAUCAUGGUCCAAACACACCAAGACAGUCGUGAAGAGGGCACGACAAAGCCUAUUCCCCCUCAGGAGACUGAAAAGAUUUGGCAUGGGUCCUCAGAUCCUCAACAAAAUCUACAGCUGCACCAUAGAGAGCAUCCUGACUGGUUGCAUCACUGCCUGGUAUGGCAACUGCUCGGUCUCCGACCGCAAGGCACUACAGAGGGUAGUGCGUACGGCCCAGUACAACACUGGGGCCAAGCUUCCUGCCAUCCAGGACCUCUAUACCAGGCGGUGUCAGAGGAAGGCCCUAAAUAUUGUCAAAGACUCCAGCCACCUUAGUCAUAGACUAUUAUGGUGGUGGUCCUCUGUAGCUCAGCUGGUAGAGCACGGCGCUUGUAACGCCAAGGUAGUGGGUUCGAUCCCCGGGACCACCCAUACACAAAAAAAAUUAUGCACGCAUGACUGUAAGUCGCUUUGGAUAAAAGCGUCUGCUAAAUGUCAUAUUAUUAUUAUUUCUGCUACCGCACGGCAAGUGCCUUCUUAACAGCUUCUACCCCCAAGCCAUAAGACUCCUGAACAGCUAAUCAAAUGGCUACCCGGACUAUUUGCAUUGUCCCCCCCCCCCCUCUUUUACACUGCUGCUACUCUCUGUUUAUUAUCUAUGCAUAGUCACUUUAACUAUAUCUACAUGUACAUAUUACCUCAAUUACCUCAACUAACCUGUGACCCUGCACAUUGACUCUGUACCGGUACCCCCUGUAUAUAGCCUUGCUACUGUUAUUUUACUGCUGCUCUUUAAUUAUUAGUUGUUUUUAUUGUUUACUUAUCUAUUUUUACUUACAUUUACAUUUUAGUCAUUUAGCAGACGCUCUUAUCCAGAGCGACUUACAGUUAGUGAGUGCAUACAUUAUUUUAUUUUUUUCAUACUUGCCCCUCGUGGGAAUCGAACCCACAACCCUGGCGUUGCAAACGCCAUGCUCUACCAACUGAGCUACAUCCCUGAAGUACAUCCCUACUUAACACUUACUUUUCUUAAAACUGCAUGUUGGUUAAGGUAAGUAAGCAUUUCACUGUAAGGUCUACUACACCUGUUGUAUUCGGCGCAUGUGACAAAUACAAUUUGAUUUGAUUUGAUUUGAUUUGAAAUAGUAGGGUUGAACAUGCACAGGGAAUCAUGUUACUCAUAUUACAAAUAGGUCAACAAUGCUGGUCUAAAGUGAUACCCAUAACUGUUACAGUAUGUGUCAAUGGCAGUACACAGCUGAAGUUACAGGUAGUCUGAACACCAACUGUAUCUCUCUGUUUCAGGGGUAAAGGGAAAAGUUGGCUCAACAGGUAAACGUGGCGAGCGAGGUGACCUGGGUCCAGGGGGGAAGAGAGGUCCUGAUGGAGAAAGCGGAGACGGGGGCCUACCAGGGCCUCCAGGGCCCCUUGGGAAGAAAGGGGACAAGGGCCAGCGAGGACCACAGGGUACGGCAGGCAUCUGCCGUUGUGGCAGCCUGGUGCCAAAAGCAGCCUUCUCUGUGGGAAUCACCAGCAGUUACCCUGUUGAGAAGGAACCUAUCAAGUUCAACAAGGUCCUCUUCAACGAGGGCGGCCACUACAACCCAGAGACGGGCAAGUUCAUCUGCGCCUACCCGGGCAUCUAUUACUUCUCUUAUGACAUCACCCUGGCUAACAAACAUCUGGCCAUCGGGCUGGUGCAGAACGGGCAGUACCGCAUCAAGACAUUUGACGCCAACACAGGGAACCAUGACGUGGCCUCCGGGUCGCUUGUGAUGUUCCUGAACCCAGAAGACGAGGUGUGGCUGGAGAUCUUCUUCAAGGACCAGAACGGCCUGUUUGCAGAAGCAGGGUGGUCUGACAGCCUGUUCUCUGGAUUCCUGCUCUAUGCAGACACCAACUACCUGGACUCACUAGCAGAGGACUACGCAUAG